GAUUAGAAAUGAAAGUCAAGUAAAUCGAGUGGACAAUCAAUGGAAAGAUUGACCAUUUGAAAAGAGUUAAUUGGAUCAUCUCAGUUUAUUGGUCUAAUCAUCAAUUUAUCUUUGGUUAACUUUAAGUAAAGUUUCAGGUUCCACAGGUAAACAGUUUUGUCUUUGGUCAGUCAAUCAGCUAAUUAGUGAUGGUCAAGGAUAUCGAACGGAAACUAUUGAGGUCAGAGAGUGGAUCUGAAUAUGGUUCAUUUAAUCGCUCAAUCAGUUAUAGUGGUCUUAAAACAGGAAAAUCUUCGAUCGAUGUCGACAAAGUCUCCAAACCCGCCGCUGCUCCUAGUGUGUCCAUUUUGAGCUUAUUUAGAUUUGGUACUUGUUAUGAUUGGGUUCUUAUUGUGAUCGGAACUUUGGCCGCGAGUUUCAAUGGAAUAGCGAGACCUAUGAUGGCCAUUGUGUUCGGCCGAAUGACUGAUGCUUUUCUUACAGUUGAUUCAGGCAAUGAAAGUGCUCCCAGUGCGAAUAUUGUGAAUGACACUCUUUCCAGUUUCUUUUAUCAUCAUAAUGAUAAUCAAAGGAAUUUCGGUUCAAGUUUUCACCAUUCGCAAGAAUCGGUUAGUGCGAGUACUGAUUCCACUUCCUUCCAAUCAGGAUAUGGAAGCAUAAUGUAUGGAUACGCUUUGUAUUAUGUCUACUUUGGGUUCGCAGUUUUUUUUGCUUCUGUUUUACAGGUAAUUUGCUUCCAAUGGACAUGCGAAAGACAGAUUCAUACGAUUCGUCGGCUUUUUUUCACUCAAGUAUUGAGACAAGAUAUCAGUUGGUUCGAUUCUCAUAAUUCAGGAGAAUUUACAUCUAAAUUAAAUGAUGACAUCGAAAGGAUUCGAGAUGGAAUCGGCAAUAAACUUGGAUUAUUCAUUCAAUCACUGGCGACAUUUCUUGGUGGUUUUUUAAUCGGUUUUAUUGAGGCUUGGCAAUUGACUUUAGUUAUUGUUUUUCUUGCUCCUUUUUUAAUCAUCACAACUUCAUGCAAAGGGGUGUAUAUGACCCGGGCCACAAUUCGAGAGCAAGAAAACUAUGCCAAAGUUUCUGCGGUCGCCGAAGAAGUAUUUGCGAGUCUUAGAACUGUUUUUGCUCUUUGUGGUCAAAACUAUGAAAUUAAACGAUACCAAACUAUGCUCGAAGAAGCAAAGAAAAUGAUUCGUAAAAAGUAUCUAGUCUUCGGUUUCGUUAUUGGUCUCGAUUUUCUUAUUUUAUAUUCUUCUUAUGGAAUAGCUUAUUGGUAUGGUGCGAAUCUAGUUCUUGAACAGAUAAUCUCUCCUGGUUCAAUCUUUAUUAUAUUUUUGGCCGUAAUUCUUGGCUCAUUAUCAUUAGGAAAUGCGAUGCCUUCAUUAACCGAUAUCGCUGCAGCUAAAGGAUCGGCUGCCAAUAUUUAUCAAAUUAUCGAUCGAACUCCAGAAAUCGACUGUUAUGCAACAAAUGGUCGCAUUUUAGAAGGACCGAUCGAAGAAAUUAAAUUCGAAAAUAUUAACUUCUUUUAUCCAACUCGUGCUUCAGUUCAGGUUCUUCACAAUUUCAACCUUGAGAUGAAAUCUGGUGAAAGUGUCGCUCUUUGUGGUGGAAGUGGCUCUGGAAAAUCAACAAUUGUGGCCUUGCUUCAAAGAUUCUAUGACCCCACGAGUGGAAGGAUUACUGUUAAUGGAGUUGAUAUUCGUGAAUUAAAUUUAAAUUGGUGGAGAUCCCAAAUUGGUAUCGUUAGUCAAGAAGCUGUUUUGUUCAGUGGAACCAUUCGAGAGAAUAUCGCUCUUGGUACUACAAAUGCCGCUUUCGAUGAGAUUGUCCGAGCCGCUAAAAAGGCAAACGCUCAUGCGUUCAUCAAGGCUCUUCCCGCUGGAUAUGAUACACUGGUGGGGGAAAGAGGAGCUCAAUUGUCUGGUGGUCAGAAGCAAAGGAUCGCCAUUGCUCGAUCGAUAAUUGGAAAUCCAAAGCUACUUUUACUGGACGAAGCUACAUCGGCAUUGGACACGGUCAAUGAGCAAGUUGUUCAAAAGGCAUUGGAUAAGGCACGAAAAGGAAGGAUAACUUUGAUUGUCGCUCAUCGAUUGUCGACCAUUAAAGAUGCAGAUUUAAUUUGUGCAAUGGAAUCUGGUCGAAUGGUAGAAAAGGGUAAACAUGAUCAACUGGUGGAAACUAAAGGAUUAUAUCAUAAACUAAUCACUAAUCAAACGUUCGAAAAUGAGCAGAAAGAAAGUGAACACCCACACGAAUUGUCUCAAUCCAAAGCUCACUCAUUAUCUGAUUUUUCAACAUCCACAAUGACGAUUGCUGCUAAAGCAAAAGUCGCUGAUUUCAACGGAGAAGACGUGAUUCUGCCUUCGACUUGGAAAAUACUUAAAUGGUGUCGACAUGAUUCUUGUCUUGUGUCUUCCCUUGUCAUUUCAUCUUCUCUGUUAGGAAUCGUGAUGCCUUUGUUUGCGGUCUUUUUCGCGAGUGUCUAUGAAUCAUUCUCACUGCCACCGGCGCAAAUGUUAGAUUCUGCUUUUUUCUGGAGUAUGAUGUUCAUUACUCUCGCUGUCUUGACUUUCAUUUGUCAUUUUACUAGAGCUUUAACUUCAGGAGUCGCUGGUGAAAAUAUGACUCGACGCCUUCGAAUCGCUUGCUUUACGUCUAUUCUUCGCCAAGAUAUGUCCUGGCACGAUGAAGAUAUUCACGCCCCUGCCCGUUUAUCUACUAAAUUAGCUCGAGAUGCUCCAAUGAUCAGAGCUGCUGCUGGUUCGAGAAUUGGAAUUGUCAUUUCUGCAGUCGUCACAAUGGUCACUGGAAUGGCCAUUGCUUAUUACUUCGGGUGGGUCUUGGCAUUGGCCUUAACCGCUAUGGUUCCACUGCUUCUUUUAGCUGGUAAAUUGGAAAUGAGUAUUAGUAAAGGUGAUCAGGCUCAAGAAGCAGAAGAGAUCGAACUUGCUGGUCGAAUUGCAACAGAAGCUGUUGAAAAUGUUCGCACUGUCCAAUCUCUUACUCAAGAACAAACAUUCUAUCAACGAUAUUCUGACCGUCUUGCUCUUCCUUCAAAAAAAAACAAGAAACAAGCAAUUGCUUACAGUUUCUCUUAUGCAUUCACUCAAAGUUUGAUAUUCUUUGUCUACGGAGCGGGUUUUUGUUUUGGUGCUUAUCUAGUCAACAUCGAUGAAAUGACCCCGACAAAUGUUUACAGAGUAUUUUUCUCAAUCACAAUGUCGGCCAUAAUGGUUGGUCAAUUAACCUCAAUUCUACCGGAUUACGCUCAAGCAAAACUUUCUGCUGGCCUCGUGUUCAAGAUAAUCGAAAGUCGAUCAGCGAUCGACAAUUUAUCACAAGAUGGUCUGAGACCCAAAAUCAAAGGCAAAAUUUCAAUUGACGACGUUUAUUUCAAUUAUCCAACAAGAAAAACAUCUUCGGUCUUGAAUGGCCUGAAAAUUGAAAUCGGAGCUGGUAAAACAUUAGCAUUAGUUGGUUCAAGUGGUUGUGGUAAAAGUACCGUUAUAUCUUUGAUUAUGCGCUAUUACAAUCCCGAGUCAGGGUCGAUUAAAAUUGAUGAUUAUGAUAUUCGAGAUAUUAAUAUAAUUCAUUUACGAAGUCACAUUGGUUUUGUUGGACAAGAACCUGUACUUUUCAGUGGUACCAUCGCUUACAAUAUAACCUAUGGUCUAGAAUAUCAUGUCUCUCAAAGUGAGAUCGAAGAUGCUGCCAAACAGGCAAAGAUUCAUGAUUUCAUUCGUGAUCUACCCCAAAAGUACGAGACUGUUGUCGGAGAAAGGGGAAUGCUCUUGAGCGGAGGUCAAAAGCAAAGAAUUGCAAUCGCUCGAGCCUUGAUUCGUAAGCCAAACAUUUUACUUUUAGAUGAAGCGACUUCCGCAUUGGACUCGGUGAACGAGAAGCUUGUCCAAGAAGCGUUGGACGAAGCCAAGGAAGGACGAACUUGUAUUGUUGUGGCUCAUCGAUUGUCAACAAUUCGUAACGCUGAUCAAAUCGCUGUGGUUGAAAAUGGUAAAAUCGCCGAGAUAGGAACACAUGAUGAAUUGAUAAAGAAGAAAGGAUUUUAUCUGCGACUAAUUGAAAGACAACAAUUUGUUUCUGAAUAAUCGCAAUUAAUUAAUCAACAUCAUUAAUUAUUCCCUUUAAUGUAACAUUUUUUUUUGUUUUUGAUCUCAAAUUAUUAUUAAAUCAAUUGUUGUAAAUCUUUUAA